CUGUAAUGUGACUUUUUGACUGUCGGGCUCUCAGGACGCUCUUAUCGUCAACAAUGUCAAACUCCGUGAAGAACGUGGUCAUUUUCGGCGCGACGGGAAUGACCGGCCUGGCCACCCUGCCACUCGCGACGGCUGCAGACUACAAUGUGACGGUGCUGGUGCGAGACCCCGCCAGGCUGCCGGCGGACCACAGGGCAUCCAGGGUGGUGGUUGGAGACGUUCUCAACAAGGAGGAUGUGAAGAAAGCCAUGGAGGGCCAGGAUGCCGUCGUCAUCAUCCUGGGAACCAGGAACGACCUCAGCCCGACCACCGUCAUGUCUGAAGGUACCAGAAACAUCGUGGAGGCCAUGAAGGCUCGUGGCAUCCGCAAAGUGGUGGGCUGCAUGUCAGCCUUUCUGCUGUGGGAUAGCUCCAAAGUGCCGCCUCGCCUGCUGGCCGUCACCGAGGACCACAACAGGAUGUACAACGUCAUCAAGUCGUCCGGCCUUGACUACGUUGCUGUCAUGCCGCCUCACAUUGCGAACGAUCUUCCCCUGACGGAGCGCUACUCAGCGACGGAGAAUGCGCUGAGGGGACGAGCCAUCUCCAAACACGACCUGGGACACUUCCUGGUCAAGUGUCUGUCCAACAACGAGUGGGACGGCAAGACGGUGGGCGUAUGGGGCGACUACAAAUAGUUCAAAUCACCACCUUUUUUUCCCCAUCUGAACACAUGAACAAAAACUAUAUUUUUAAAUAAUGAUACCAGCUCUUCUUACAGAUAAAGAAACCAUAUAUGGGUGUUUAUUUGAUUUCGGGCACUUUUGAUUUUAGUUUUUCUGAAAAAUAAAAUGUCACAAAAACUAUAUAUGGGUGUUUAUUUGAUUUCGGGCACUUGAUUUUCAUUACUGUCAUCACCACCACACUGCACUAUGUGAUGACAUGUGAUGGUAAUGACAUUUCAAAGGUUUUAGCUAACUGUGCUAUGCUGGUAGAGUUAGCUUAAAUUUUUCUUUUAGCUAGCUAGUCCUGUACAACAUUUAUAUAUCAUCAAGUUUUUACUGGAAAAAAAUUCACUACAAGUCGUUUGGUAAUGACGUACAAUAAAAAUAUUAUGUGACUUAAGGGUACAAAUGAGGAUAAAACUUACUCUUCCAGUUAUCAAAAUGUCUGACUGCCAAAGCAUGUGCUUGAGUGACAAGACAAUAUGACACAGGGAAUUAAAGAAUCAGAUUUUAAAUAAACUUGACUGAUCUGAAAAUGGUCAAUGUGGCAGUAAUGACAGCAACUUUAAGGGACAGACAAAUUUUACUAAAAAUAAAAAACAGAAUUUGAAAUGUCUUGUAUAUAUGAUGAGAAAUCAUUAAUUCUAUUAUAUUUUAAGGAAUUAAUGGUAAAAGUUACACCAUUUUAGCAUUUCUUAGUAGCAAGAUAGAGCUUCAUAUAUCCAAACCCUGUGCUUAGGACAGGGUGAAAACUGUAAAAUACCACCAUAAAAACGCUCAAAAAAAAUGUCAAAACAUACUAAUAUUAACAUGAAAUUUUAGACAACACUUAUAAUUAGGCACGCCCACUGCUGGUUAUUGAAAAAAAUCUAUUUAAAAAUAUUUGUUCUUCAAAUUUUACAUCAAGGACACAAAAAGACCCGUAAUCAAAUAAACACUGCCAAACUCUACCACGCUUCUGUUUGUGCUUCUCAAAUAAAUCAAGUUGAACUA